AUGUAUGAUGCUCCUACUCGUAUGUUGGUCACAAAGACGGCCUACGCCACAUGCUUCAUAUCCAGCAACGAAUCAGCCGGUGGAACUUCAGAUGUUCAGCGAAAUCCUCCACAUAAGCAAUCUCUCGCCCAGCCACUAUGCGACUUCCAGAAUCUAGACCCAGAUACAUCUGAACCGUUUCAGGGUCUUUCAACAGGCUCGCUAACAUAUGUGGGGUCCGAGGAGCUGAAGGCUAGUCUGAAUGCGUGA